GGUUAGAAAACUCAACGCACCAGAAGAAAGCGAUAGGAAACAAGUCAGCAACGCACCUAACCUAUUCAACUCCACGUCAGCUGCACUACCCAAUUCACAUUUGUCUUCUUCUCCUCCCCAAAUAAAAACACAGACCAACUCACAACUCCUCAGAACUCAAAACCCUAGCUUCUCUUCAUCAAUGGCCGCCGCUACUCAAUUCGAAGAUGGCUUCCCCGCUACAAAGCUUUUCAACCAAGGCUUCUCUUACACUUACGAUGACGUCAUCUUCCUCCCUCACUACAUCGAUUUCCCCACCGACUCCGUCCAACUCGCCACCAAACUCACUCGUAACCUCAAUCUCUCCAUUCCCUGUGUUGCCUCGCCUAUGGACACGGUUACCGAGGCUUCCAUGGCGGUGUCCAUGGCGUCUCUAGGCGGUAUUGGCAUUGUUCACUCCAAUAACUCCGCAGUUGAGCAAGCGAGCGUGGUUGAGUUCGCCAAAGCGCAUCGUAUUCCAUUUGUUAAUGACUGUGUCUUUGUGUCCCCGAAUGAUCAUAUUCAGUCUGUGGAGGAGUUUUGUGAGUCUCCGUGUGUUUUCGUUACGGAGACUGGGAAUCGAAGCUCCAAGGUUUUAGGUGUGGUCAAUAAGUUUGAUUGGGAGAAAUGUGGGGAUAGGAGGAAUGCCAGGGUUUCGGAUUAUAUGGUUGAGUCGGUUGUCAAUGUUCCGUCGACUUAUAAUUUUGAUGAUGUGGCAGGGUAUUUGGCAGCCAAGAAUUUGGAUUAUGUGCCUUUGGUUAGGAAUGGGGAGGUUUUUGAUAUUGUUAGUGUUGGUGAUGUGGAGAGGGUUAGGGGGUUUCCGAAGACGGGAGCAUUACCUUCGUUGGGGAAGAAUGGGGAGUUUUUGGUUGGGGCGUCGAUUGGGACCAGGGAAUCGGAUAAGGAGAGGUUGGAGCAUUUGGUCAAGGCUGGGGCUGAUGUUAUUGUGUUGGAUAGUUCUCAAGGGAAUUCCAUUUAUCAGAUUGAGAUGAUUAAGUAUGUGAAGAGGACUUAUCCCGAGUUGGAUUUGAUUGGCGGGAAUGUGGUGACGAUGGCACAGGCACAGAAUUUGAUUCAGGCUGGAGUUGAUGCCCUACGAGUUGGGAUGGGUUCCGGUUCUAUUUGUACUACCCAGGAAGUUUGUGCUGUUGGGCGUGGUCAGGCAACUGCUGUUUACAAGGUUGCCUCUAUUGCUGAGCAAAGUGGUAUACCUGUUAUUGCCGACGGUGGAAUUUCAAAUUCUGGGCACAUUGUCAAAGCUUUGACAUUAGGGGCAUCAACUGUGAUGAUGGGUAGCUUCUUGGCUGGAAGCCGUGAAGCUCCAGGAACUUAUGAAUAUAAGAAUGGUCAUCGUGUCAAGAAAUAUCGAGGCAUGGGGUCAUUAGAAGCAAUGACUAAAGGAAGUGAUGCUCGAUACUUGGGUGACACAAAUAAAUUGAAGAUUGCGCAGGGGGUUGUUGGAGCAGUCGCAGACAAAGGUUCCGUCUCCAGAUUUAUUCCAUACACGAUGCAUGCAGUGAAGCAGGGUUUUCAGGAUCUUGGUGCUAGUUCUCUUGAAUCUGCUCAUAAACUUCUAAGAUCAGGGGUUUUAAGGCUAGAGGUUCGAACAGGAGCUGCACAAACUGAAGGAGGAAUUCAUGGCUUGGUUUCAUAUGAAAAGAAGUCUUUCUGAAAUUUCAAGUUUCCUGCUGGUUCCUUAUGAAGUUAAAUUCUUUUGGUCCUUGACACUUCAGUCUGCUGCCCCAUAUCGUAUCAUGUCGUUUAAGUAUCCAUACCACACUGAGUCGAUUGUUCUGAACAAGUGAGAGAAGAUAUCUUUCUGGCCUGGCAAUAGUAUGAAGGAUGUUUUGAUAUUAUCCUUGUCUUUGCUGUAGAACUUGUUCUUUUCACCCUCCCUUGGGUCAAACACCAGAUCUAUAAUAAUAAAAGCUGUAACUUAUGCAGCCUUAGCUUUUUUCGUUCGGUGUACAAUGUACAAUUGAAAGGAAAGAGCAUUUCACCAGAGUUGAUCAA